UAUUUUCAUCUGUCAGUUACAAACAUUUUGAAAAUAACUUAUUAUUACAGAUGCUAAAUUAAUAAAACUGGUGUUUCACCUUAAACCCUAACCCUCCGAAUCAGCUAGAGAGACUCACUCUUCUAUCUAAAACCCUUCUUUUCUUUUCCUUGUUUUUACGCGCCGACCAAUGCAAGGGAAUCGCGACGGCUCGUGGUCACUACGCGCCUCCGCGUACGGUGGAAGCGGCAACGGAAACGGAGGAUAUAUUCCUCAAGCGACUCGUGUGUUUCCCAAUUACAUUAUCCAGCAACAACCCAUCAGAUACAAUUUCCAGACUCAGCAGAAUCUCAACUUCACUCACCCACAAUUUGGCGGUGGCGCUAAUGUAGAAGUCAUGCGAAUUGAUAAGGCCAUCAACAAUACGCGUAAAUCACUAAUUGCUGCUGGAGAGAACGUUUCUUCGACUAGAGUGUCGCAAUCAGUUUUAGAACAACUUCAGGCUGAUGAUAUUUGGCGUUCCUUGGGGAUACAAAUGCAAGAUGUUCCUUCGCUUCGCCAACUCAUGGCCCUUGAAGGCAAGAUCAUUGCCUUUAUUCACUGCUUCAUUGGCGCUAGAGGAAUCGUGACUCUGCAUGAUUUGGAAGUAGCAAUAUGCCGUAACGAGUUCGUUGGUUGUUUUGAUGAUCUGGGAUUGGGACCUUUGCUGCAACAUCCACUUGUCUUGCUCUAUUUUCCAUCCAUCUCUGGUUCUACUGCCCCAGUUCAAAUCACUAGUGAGGAGUUAAUCUCAUUUCUUGAUAGCUUUCUAAAAACUUACGAUAUGGACGAUGUUAAGCUCGAUGAAUUCCUGGAUUUUGUUGCUGAGGAAAAAGCAGUUACAAGCAAGGACAAGCUUGGUGUCCGUAUUCAGAGCUUGCGGAUGUAUGUAUCUUUCAUUCAAAACGCGAAGAGACAAGAAGGCGAAACAUUGAAGAUCUUGCUGACUGGACUGCAUCAGAAGUAUCACAUCCUCCCAUCAAAGAAACAACAGCAAGAUAAAGAUUAUUGUGGCAAGCAUACAAGAUUUAAUUCAUUGAGCUCGGAGGACAAUGAUAGUGCUGAUUAUGAGGUCGAAAAUGUUAAUAGUUGUGACCAAUUCAGUAGUUGCCCAUAUCCAUCCGUUGCAGAAGAGAUGAAGCAGCCUGUGAGCUCCAAUAAAAAAAGGAAGGCUGAAAGUCGUAGCCAUGAAAAAUCUGAUUUGUCCAAACUGCGUAGAAGAUACCCCUCUAAAUUACAUAGAGGACAUGUGAAACAAGAGAUACAUAACUUGGCGGAUGAUUCUGAUGCUAAGCAGAUUUUCAGUGGCAAUGAGGCUGAUUUCACACUUUCUGAAGGAGCUUUGAGAUUGUUCAUUUCAACUUGGAAGGAUACAUGUAAAGAGCUAAGCAUGUCAAUGUUUGUGAAGAAAUUGUUGUCUUUUUACAACUUAGGGGGAUCCGAAGUACAAGCUCAGAUUAAAAGAGCUAAAGCGAUGUCAUCAUUUCCAUUUUUUGGAUUACUACAUGUCGCUAAGGAGCUUGUAACAGAGGCUCUUGAGGAACAUAUACCGACUGAGAUCACAGAUAUAAACUUGGUUGCUGGAUACGAUGAUCGUGCAGGCACAAGUUCACGAGCUAAUAUGCAUAUGAAGAGAGGUUUAAUGUCAGGGAAUCUUGUUCAUGAAUGGAACAAUCCUGUCUCAACUGACUUCAGCAUAAGAAAUCAGCUUCACACCGGGGCACUUUGGGCUGCACAGGCGCAAGAGACAGGUAGAAAAGGUGAAGAAAUCGCUUACAGAUACUUUGUUGCAAAAUACGGUAAGACGGCUCUGGUUAGAUGGGUUAAUGAGCAGAGCGAAACCGGGUUACCUUACGACCUGAUAAUCGAAAACCGAGGCGGUAAGAAAGAGUACAUAGAGGUGAAAGCAACUGUAUCCACACGGAAAGACUAUUUCAAUUUGACGAUGAGGGAAUGGCAAUUUGCAAAUGAGAAAGGAGAGUGUUACGUUAUAGCUCAUGUUUUGUUAGGCAACAGUAAUGCCAUCCUCACACAACAUAGGAACCUUGUCAAAUUAUGCCAAGACGGUCACCUCCGGUUAUUGAUUCUCAUGCCUAACCAGCGAAACGAGGUCAAUGUUGCGUUUUAAACCCAAUUCUGUUUCUUUGGUGUCCAUUUAUUUACUAGAUGAGAUUGCCAUGUCCGGAUUUUACAAUAAUGGUUUUUAAUUAUUAACUUUAAAAUCAAAUUCUUUCAAA